CCGACGCUCCGACCUCACGUCCUCACCCAGCAGCAGCAGCUCAGCUCCCGUCCUCUGCGGGGAUUCCACAGCAGCAAUCAUGGUGUUCGAGAGGAAGAUGAUCACGUACGACGACCCCGACGAAGAGGAGGAAGAUGCACCUGAAGAGGAGGAGGAAGAAGAGGAGGAAGAGGAAGACAUGGUGGACCCUUUAGAAACGAUACGAGCCAAGUGCGAGCAGACGGAGCACUGUGUGCACCUCAAGGAGCGGCUGGAGGUCUGCGAAGCGCGGGUCGGCUCCAAGUCCAACACGACGGAGGAAUGCACAGAAGAGCUCUUUGACUUCCUGCAUGCACGGGACCAUUGUGUAUCACACAAGCUGUUCCACGUUGUGAAAUGACCGGCCUGCCCACUUCCCACCAUCUGCAGGAAACUAUUUAUCUGGUCAAAUUGUAAAAUAAUCCAGACAGCUCUAAAUACUAUUGUUCUCCUGUUUAUUAAUGUAAAGUUUGCUUGGGUCCCUGCAAUAAAAUCAUGUCACAUUUUCUAUACAUCUUGCAGAUUUCCAGACAGUGUCAGAAACUGUUAGAAAUCCAUGAAUUGCUGCUUGUAUGGAUGAUGGACUCAUUCGUGUUGCUUCAUAUGCAAAAGUAAAUUUGCUGCUCCGGCAAUGGAGUUUACCUCAUGUUUGGUCAUAAUUCAAAAUUCUGACUAGUAAAUAAAAAGGUGUUUGUUGGUUUCAA